CGAACUGCGAGCGACCGCGGCAGCCGAGUCCAUUGACCACCGAGCGCACAGCAUGAGCUCUCUCCAUGACGGUAGAUCCGCGACCACGAGCCAUUGCCCAGAGCGAUCCGGCGACACAUCGCCUGCAAGCCAUCGGCAGCGGCGCAACAGCGUGUCGACAUCUGCCACUGGCCCGCCACCUGCCGCGUCAUUGCUGGACGUACCACCCGCCGAGGACAAGGUGCUCUGCGAUUUGGAUCCGCGAUACUUUACGCCGCAUUUCGACCCGAUCGCCCACGUCCUUGAGUCGUUGCCGCUGCAGGCGGACGAAGUGAGCGAUUUUUUGCAGUCGCAGAUUGGCGUGCUCGAUCUCGCCAAGGACGUGGUGACGGCCAAGCUCGCCGAAGACGUCCAGCGCAACCACACGACGUUCAUCCAAGGCAUGAACCAAGUGCAAGACGUCGACUUGGACUUGACACUGGCGCUGAUCCAAGUCAAGAACGGCCGACGGCUCCUCGCGAGCGCCAAGCAGGACCUCGUCAUCAACCAUCUCGAGCUGGUCAAGCUGCGUCGCAACCGCGACCGUCUCCAGACCAUUGUCGACUUUAGCUCGCAGAUUCUGGGCUUUGUCCGCCUCGAGCACGACAUGUUGUCGCAGUUACAAGAAAAAGACUAUGCGAGCGCGGUGGCUACGUGCAUCGACAUUCGCCGGCAGCUCGACCAAUCGCGUGAUCUGGAUCGGUUCUUCAUCCUGCGGCCCGUCCGUCAGCGCAUGGUCCACGCCCUCCUCGAGCUGCGCCAGCACUUUGAGACGGCCCUCGUGGGACUCCUCGAGUCGUUUGAUUCGGCAGCAUACGGCAACCUCUUGCGCGCCAUCUUAGCGCUGGACGCCGAGCGGUCGGCAACGUCGAGCGUGCCGCAAGUGAUUGUGCGGGGCAUCGAAGACCUCUCGCGACAGCACAUCCAGAGUCUCUUUACCGACGCGACCGUGCGAACAGCCAAAAGGGACAAGCCCACGCAGUCGGUGGCCAUCAUGCUCGAAGACCUGCUCGCGUGCUACGAGAAGCUCGUGGGCCUCUUGCACGGCUACUACCUCAUCACGCAGUGGCACCGCGAUCCAUUCAGCGACAAAAACACCGAGUUGGCAUACUUGCAUCGCUGCGGCUUGGAUGACGCGCCGACCGAAGCGACCAAUCAAUCGCCGUCGACGACCGACCCUCUGCACGAAAUGGCCGCACAGCACGCCGAGGCGUAUGCGCAAUAUCGAAGGAUCGUCUGGGAGCAAAUGCAGCAGAGCGUCGGGGACCUCCUCGACCGCUUCCCACUCACCAACGACUUCAAGAUGGAGCACCUCGUAUCGCUCUCCCAUGCGACCCUUCGGCUGAUUACGAUUGGGCACGAGUUUAGCGGCGACGACGCGUCAUCCAAGCUUGCGACAGCGUUGAGCAACAAGUGCCGGAGCUUUCUCAAGCUCCAGCAAAAGGACAGCAUCGAGCUCCUCCGCAUGCUUUUCGACACGGAAAAGUGGGAACGACUCUCCGUCUCGGUCGAAAACCACACCGGCGGCAUCCCCGCUCUCUUGGAGCAGCGCUCGGGGUACUCGCUCCCUGAUCUCCAGGUGGUGCAGCGCCUUCCGGAGCGGCGUGCCAGCGACAGCGUAUUUGCGCACUACCGCGCCAAGGGCAACCCAUUUGCGCUCUGUUAUCGCGCGACCUUCCUCGUCGUGCCCGCGAUGCAGCGCUACGCGUUCGAGACGAAGCGCCAUGACUUUGCAUCGGACCCGGUCGCCGACGAAGAAGACAAGAUGAUCAAGAGACUGAUCGCGAUGGAUCCGUACUUGCGCGGCGAGUCGGACUCGAGUAUGAGCUCGCCGUUGACCGAGGAGCUCAUUCGGUUUGGCUCCAAGCACGUCAUGUCGUCAUCGAGCCUCUCGGGCUUUUUGCGAUUUUGCGGUGUGUACAUGAAGCUCAUGGAGCAGCUACCGCAUGUGGCGUGGGACAUCUUUCUUGGGCUUGCGUCGCUCUUUGACUUUGUGUUUUAUGCGACGCUGACGACCGCAUGCCCCGACAACUACCUCGCGCGCCUCUUGACGCGCCAAACGCCGAGCGACCUCCAGUGCGAAGAGCUUCGCCAGCAGUUGAGUCGCAUCCAGUCCGAGUUUGGCCUUGGCUUGACGGCGCAGUCGGUGCCCGUGCGCGUGACGCAGCUCCCGUCAGCGAUCGCCACCUCGAGCGACGCCAACCGGUUUGCGUUCGUCGAGCGCGUUGUCGCGAUCGAAGCGCUCGUGUUCCAGUGGCACGUGUUUUCGUCGCUCCACGCGUCGUCGCUGGCGCCAUUUGUCCCCGCCGCGCGCCGCGAGAUGAUGGCGACGAUGAUGACGACGAUGGGCGACGCAGUGAAAGAAGGCCGAUCGUACGUCUACGCGGUCAUGGCGCCGGCGCUCAUUGCCGCGGCGUCGAUCCCGAGCAUGGUCGAAAAGGCCACGUGGGACACGCUUGAUCUCUCAGACCAGCACAACGAGUAUGUGGUCGCGCUCGUCCGUCGCUGUGGCAUUUUCUGGGGCACUCUACAAGGCUCGGCGGUCCCGAUUUCCGUCCGCGACGAGAUCUGGUCGUAUGUGGUGCGGGCCAUCAUGGAAGCGCUAGUCGAGGGGUAUGCCAGUGUGAAAAAGUGCUCGUUGGAAGGACGCGCUCUCAUGUCGAUGGACCUCAUUGCGCUCCAGAACGGCCUCGAUCUGAUCAACCACGUGAGCAACCAAAACCAGACGCUAUGGGGUCGGUCGUACGUCAACAACUACAUCAAGGCCUACUAUUUCCAGGAAGCCGAAUUGCUGGCGUUCAUUGCGGCCAACAAGAAGAGCUAUCGCAAGGCGCACCUCGUGAGCUUGGCCAUCAACGGCGUCUGCGGCCUCCGACGCGGGAGCCAAAAAGACCUCUUGCAGAAGAUCGAGCACAUUUACCGGUCUGGGACCCUUCUCUAAUCUCAAGUUAUCCCGAUGCAUGUGUGGCUGCCA